CGUAUUUUUAUGGAUUUGACGUUCCUAAGGUACCUAUAAAAUAAAGUUUCCUUCUAUGAAUAAAGUUGUUUUCAAGUAUAUCUGUGAUUCAUGAAUAUUGAAUAAGCUAAAGUAAUAUGUCUGCACCGGCUGAAUUAAGUUUCGAUGAAAUUCUAAAAUAUAUGCUAGCUCACAAUGGAAAGGUUACAAAUCAUGAUUUGGUUAAACAUUUCAAAGUGUUUUUGAUGAACCCGAAUAUGAGAGAUGAAGCAAGAAAUACUUUCAAAAAACAUGUCAAUGCUUUAGCAAUAAUAAAAAACCAGAACAACGAAAAAUGGUUGAUAUUGAAAAAGAAAUACUUGCCAAGUGAUUUAAGAGAAAAUCAAGGAAUAUCUGAAAGUAAAUUAAAUGAAUCAGUACCAUCACAGAAUGAAGAAACAUCAGAAGUGGAGAAAGCUGAACCUGUGGUUGAAGCAUCAUACAAACCACCGUUACAGCUAAAUCAAGACUUUAACAUCCUCGGGACAAUAUUACAAGACACCACUAGCUCACACAUUCAACCACUCAUAGAAGAGGAAAGUGAAUCAACUGAAAAUUUAGAAGUUGUAGAAGAUGUGCCUCCAAAAGUACAUCCGAGAAGGAAAUCAUCUGAAAAGACAAUUUCUGAUAAACGACCUAGCGUGCCUAAUAUUAGUCCAAGAACAUCAAUACCCAAUGAUAGUAUGGAUAUGAACGAAACCCCACCGACCUUGACAUCAUCAAGAAGUGAAAGCAUGCUUCUGGACAGUGAACAGAAGAUAUCUGUCAAGGAGAGAAAGCAGAUGUUCAAUAGGAUGGCUUCAGAGAGUGAUGUAUUGAAAUCAAACAAGUUGAGCUUUAACUCAUCAAGUGUCGACGAGGAAGACAGAGUUUCGUUAGAUCACAAGGAGUCAGAUCCCCUGGACUCGAAACAGAAGCAAUGGAUCCUAUGCGCCGCUCGAGGUGAUUACCACGUGCUCGCGAAAAUGUGUAAGGAGAACGCUAAAUUGGUUAAAACUAAGGAUCCCUUUACGUACACUGCACUGCACUGGGCAUGUAAGAGGGGUGAUGAGAACUUGGUUAAACUUCUCGCUGGCAUCCACCGUCACUCUGCUAACGAGAGAUCUAAUGGGGGUUAUACGCCAUUGCAUAUUGCAAUGCAAUUUCGACAUGAACACGUGUACAGACUUCUAGUGGAAGUGUAUGAUGCCGAUCCUAAUGUUAGAGACUGGUCCGGAAAGAAACCAAGACAGUAUUUGGUUCAUAUGGACACAUCAUUGUCACCUGGCUCAUAUCGCAAGAAAGAAAGUUUUCUCCGAAUUGGUUCACUUAAUGUUCGAGUCAAGAAAACCACGGAGGCGUUUAGCAACUUCCUCGGCGUCGGGGCGACUAGGUCUUCAGCUUACGUGCCUAAGUCGGCGAGAGAAAGUCUAGACAGGCGUUCGGAUGACAGCGACCAGCUGAAGUCCUGGGGAUCCGCUGACAAUAUACAGAAAGAGGACAAGUUAAUGCCGCCGCCCAUGAGCAGCAAAGUGCGAAGACGCGGCGCUAGCGGCAGAAGGGGUGUUGCCUCGCACAGUAGGAGCACACCCUCCACGCCUGACCAGCCCCGAGCCCAAAUUGGAGUUAGCGAAGAAGGCGACUCCGAUUCGGAUUCAGCAGCUGGAUUCCACUCAGCUUGGAGGCAGCAGAGAGCAUCCCACUGCUAGUAUGAGAUGUCUCAUAUGAAGAGACGUAAUUUCACUAUUAGUCUUUGUAUACACGCCUAUAGUGCCUCAUCUUUUUAUGUAUUAGACAAUUUUCUGUUUUUUUUUCUUUUUAUGAGAUAUUGUUUAUGUUGAUUCGUUUAUCACACUCCUAAUUAAAUACAGGCCCUUUUUUAGCAAGCUGUGUGUCAAUUAAAUAUAUCAUAAGUAAUAAUAUAUAAGUAUUAUGAGACAGCUUUUCUUCAAUUAACAUUGUAUCCCUUUCGUAAUUUCACUUAUGAUAUGUUAUUGGCCUUUAGAUUUCAUCAUUUAUUUCUCAUUUGAUGAAUUAUUCACUUCUUUACACCUACAAUAAGACAUUUGUCUAUACCGAUCAAAUUUAUAAAUAAAAUGUCAAUAAAUCUUAAAUGAAAUGUAUA